GCUGUGGUGCGGGCGUUGAUCUACUCUCAACGAGGACUCGAACAGUGGAUGUCGCUGCUUGUCGACUAGCUUUGUGCUUCACUCCUUCACCGUACCUUGCUGAUUCUUCUUUCCAUUUUCUUGAGAUUUUUCGAUUUGGCCUCGUAUCAUGGCAGACAAUAAACUUUACGAAGUACUACGGGUAUCAAGGAACGCUGGCGACGCAGAAAUCAAAAAGUCUUAUAGAAAAUUGGCAAAGGAGUUUCACCCUGACAAGAACCCGGAAGCUGGUGAUAAAUUCAAGGAAAUUUCAUUCGCUUAUGAAGUUCUCUCCGAUCCCAAAAAACGUCAAAUAUAUGACAAGCAUGGGUUGAAAGGUGUACAAGAGGGCGGCAGUGACGGAUUUCAUGCCGAUGAUAUAUUUUCCCAGCUUUUUGGCGGUGGAGGAGGUUUGUUUGGAGGUUUGGGAGGUUUCGGCGGGGGAGGUUUGGGAGGUAGACGUAGACCCCGUCGGGGCGAAGAUACCGUUCAUCCGCUUAAGGUUACACUUGAAGACAUGUACAAUGGAAAAACGGCAAAACUACAGCUGAGCAAAAAUGUGUUGUGUGCAACUUGUGCUGGUGUGGGGGGAGCUGAGGGUGCGGUAUCAACUUGCAAACACUGUCGCGGUUAUGGCUACAAAGUUACGUACAAGCAGUUGGCACCGGGUAUGACGCAACAGCUCCAAGAGAGAUGCGCUCAGUGUCAGGCCACUGGUGAAAUAAUAAACGAGAAAGACAGGUGUAUCACUUGCGAAGGAAAGAAGACUGUUAACCAAACCAAGAUUCUCGAGGUACAUGUCGACAAGGGUAUGCGAGACUCGCAGAAAAUUCUCUUCAGAGGUGAAGGCGAUCAAGUGCCAGAUGUCCAGCCUGGUGAUGUUGUCAUAGUAUUGCAACAGAAGCCACAUGCGACCUUCGAAAGGUCAGGAAAUGAUUUGGUUAUGACUAAAAGCAUUGGGCUGGCCGAUGCCCUCUGUGGGGCUAGUUUCGUUGUCCGUCAUCUAGAUGGAAGAAAUUUACUCAUAAAACAUCCACGAGGCCAUGUUAUUCGCCCUGGUGAUGUCAAAGGGGUUGUUGGCGAAGGAAUGCCCCAUUACAGAAAUCCUUUUGAAAAAGGAAAUCUGUACAUCAACUUCGAAGUUACUUUCCCUAGUAAUCACUUUGCAUCUGAGAAAGUCUUUGCGGAAUUGAGGUCAAAACUCGAAUCAGGCCCAACCACUGUUGUGCCGCCAGAUGCCGAGGAAGUUGAUUUACAAGAGUUCGAUCCAUCGCAUCGUGAUGCUGCUGGUCGAUCAGGGGAAGCUUAUGCAUCUGACGAGGACGAGAUGCCUCAACAUUCCGGCGUGCAAUGUGCCCAUCAAUAAAAUUUCAAGAUAAUUAUUCCCGUCAGUUUCAGGAUAAUAUUAAAACCACUAGUAAAUAAUUGUGAAGCGAAUUAUGAUCGCUUCGUAUCCGUAUGACGACAAAGCCAACUGAUAUUUGCCAAAGUAUCGGUCGACUUGUCGGCUGACCUCGCAAAUAAGGAAUUGGAAGACAGCGGCGCGAUGUUAGUACAUACAUAUUUGUUUCCUUAAUUACUUCAAUCAAACGACAUAUUAGCUAGCUAAGGUCAGAGUUUAUAUUAAAAAAAAAAACAACACGGCCAGUUUGAUUGGCCAACAUAUUCGUGCACUUUUUUCUGUUUUAUGCUCAGUUUAGGUCAACGAACACCUCAAAUCAAGAGCAAAACAACCUGACUUUUCAGUUCCUGGUUCAUAAUGCAAGCACCAGUUUGAUAGUCAGACAAAGGUACCCAACACCUUGGAUCGCUGACGUAACAGUCCGUUGAACAUUGAUUUGGCCUAAAAUAACCUAACUCAAAAUACAAUCAAACAAUAUGAUUACAAUCUAAUUUAUAUAAACGAAAUCGCGUUUCUAUUUUCAAUUACAUUUUUUGAUUUGAUUUUUUGUUGUCGAAGUAAACUGUCUCGAGGUGAAUAGCAGUGAUGAAAAAUGAAGUUUUGCAAGAGACAGGGGACUACUCUGAGGUAGAUAAACUUUUAAGAAUCAUUGUUGGGCUAGGAUCAAAUAAAAAGAAAAAAUCAUCUGAGAGAUGAAUUAGAAAAAGAAAACUGUCAAUCGAAUACUCACAACUAUUUCAACAAUUAUUCCUUUUAUCCCCAAUGUAUGUAGGCUAUACAUAUGAAUCCGUUGAAUCUAAAUCAUCCCCUCAUAAAAAUGACUGGUGGCCGAUCUAUUUGUAUACUAUUCGUGUCAACUGCAGAAAAUUAAAUAAAUCGUGAGCCUUGAAUUUUGAUCGUCGCUGAA